AUGGCAGAGCCUCGUGAGACACCUUCCAGUGAAUCUGUGCAGCAAGGUGAACAAAGGCUCAAACUCCCACAUCCUGUGGACUCAGCACAAUCUGAAGAAUUGAAAAUGGUGAAGCCUGAGGAGGAAGAAGCUCCAGACUUAUGUCCAGACCUACAGGACUGGACACACCUGCACAUCCCUUCCAGCCUGGAGACUGGGUCUAUGUUAAAUGGAGGUCAGAUUGGAAUCCAAAUAGGAAGCCAGUUCCCUGGGGGUCUUCUUCGAAAACAAAAUGCUUCUAUCAGAAUUUCAGCUAACUUGAACAUCAUUCCACCACUGCUGACAAAUCUAGCAAUAACACCUGCUAAUCCUGCUCACAAUGGCCGUGUGUGCAGCACAUGGGGCAACUUCCACUUCAAGACCUUCGAUGGAGACAUAUUUACCUUCCCUGGGCUCUGUAAUUACGUUUUUUCCUCCCACUGCAACGCUCCCUAUGAGGACUUCAACAUCCAGAUUAGGCGUGAAGUGGUGGCAAACAUUCCAACAAUCAACCACAUCACCAUGAAACUUGAAGGUGUAGUGGCAGAACUAACAAAGGAUGCUGUCAUGGUCAAUGGCAACAGAGUUCAACUGCCAUACAGUCAAUCUAGUAUUACGAUAGAGAAGAGCAGCAUUUAUGUGAAAGUUGGCAGCAAAAUUGGUGUUGUGUUAUUGUGGAAUGAAAAAGACAGCAUCCUGCUGGAAUUGAAUGAGAAAUACGCCAAUCAGACUUGUGGACUUUGUGGUGACUUCAACGGCUUUCCCAUAUACAAUGAGUUUGUUUCAAACAAUAUUAAGAUGACAGCCUUGCAAUUUGGGAAUAUGCAGAAAAUGGAUGGGCCAACAGAGCACUGUGAUGACUCCACUACUAUCCCAACAUAUAACUGCUCUGAUAAUCUCGAUAACAUAUGCGAGAAAACAUUGACCAGCUCUGCAUUUGCAGAGUGUAAUGACCUAGUUGAUGUUAAAGAUUAUAUUAAGGCUUGCCAAGAUGACUUGUGCAGCUCUGCAGAAUCUGAAAACAGCUCAUGCAUCUGUGACACCUUUGCUGAGUAUUCGCGGCAGUGUGCUCAUGCUGGUGGGCAGCCCCUGGACUGGAGAACUUCAAAACUGUGCCCCAAGACGUGUCCUUACAACAUGCAGUACCAGGAAUGCAACUCCCCCUGUGCUGAUACAUGCACGAAUCCUGAACGAUCUCUGUUUUGUGAAGAACACUGUAUUGAUGGCUGUUUCUGCCCUCCAGGGACUGUAUUUGAUGACAUCAGCAAUUCUGGCUGCAUUCCCCAACAGGAGUGCUCCUGUACUUACAAUGGCAAAACCUAUGCUACAGGAACUUCUUUUUCAGAGCCAUGCCAGACCUGGACCUGUAAUGGAGGCCAGUGGAGCUGCCAAGAAAAGUCAUGCCCAGGAACUUGCUCUGUAGUGGGAGGUUCCCACAUUUCCACAUAUGAUAAGAAGAACUAUGAUCACCACGGAGACUGCACUUAUGUCCUCUCUAAGGACUGUAAAGAUGACAAAUUUACCAUCCUGGCAGAACUACGCAAGUGUGGCCUUACCGACACCGAGACCUGCUUAAAGUCAGUGACCCUCAACAUGAAUAAAGGACAAACUAUCGUCGAGGUCAAAGCUGAUGGUGGUGUGUUUGUGAACUCCAUCUACACCCAGCUGCCCAUGUCAGCAGCUAAUGUCACCAUGUUCAGACCUUCCUCAUUCUUCAUGAUCAUGGACACAAGCUUUGGCAUCCAGGUUGAAAUGCAGUUCACACCCAUGAUGCAAGUGUUUGUGCGUCUGGAUGCUUCUUUCAAAAACCAGACUUGUGGUCUCUGUGGAAAUUUCAAUAACAUCCAAACUGAUGACUUCAAGGUCAUCAGUGGAAUAAUUGAAGGAACAGCAUCAGCAUUUGCUAAUACAUGGAAAACUCAGGCUUCAUGUCCUAAUAUCCAGCAGAGUUUUGAGAGUCCUUGUGCACUCAGCAUCGAUAAUGAAAAAUACGCUCAGCAUUGGUGUGGACUACUCACUAACAGCACUGGACCUUUUUCUGCUUGUCACUAUGCAGUCCUUCCCGAUGUUUACUACCAGAACUGCAGGUUUGACACAUGUAACUGUGAAAAUAGUGAGGACUGUCUGUGCGCAGCCCUGUCUGCCUAUGUGAGAGCUUGUGCUGAAAAAGGAAUCCAACUGCAGGGGUGGAGGGCUGAUGUUUGCUCAAAAUACACCACCUCGUGUCCCAAAUCCCUGAGCUACAGCUAUACCAUCUCUUCUUGUCAACCCACCUGCCGCUCUCUGAGUGAGCCUGAUGUCACAUGCAGCAUCAAGUUUGUCCCAGUUGAUGGUUGCACCUGUGUAAAUGGAACCUACAUGGAUGAGAGUGGCAAAUGUGUACCUGCCAAUGAAUGCCCCUGCUACUACAGAGGAUCUCCUAUACCAUUUGGAGAAGUGAUCCAUGAAAAUGGGCGUGUAUGCACUUGUGUCCAGGGAAGACUGAAUUGUAUUGGAGCACCAAAUCCAACUCCAGUCUGUGAAUCUCCCAUGGUCUACUUUGACUGUAAAAACAACACAGCAGGAACAACUGGAGCAGAAUGUCAAAAAAGCUGCCAGACUCUGGAUAUGCAGUGUUAUAGCUCACAAUGUGCAUCUGGCUGUGUGUGCCCAGAUGGGCUUGUGUUAGAUGGGAAUGGUGGCUGUAUUCCUGAAGAGAAAUGUCCAUGUGUUCACAAUGAAGCCAUGUAUCAGCCUGGGGAAAAGAUCAACUUUGACUGUAACACCUGUGUAUGCAAGAAUAGGAAGUGGGAAUGUACCAAAAACCAAUGUCUGGGCACUUGUGCUGUUUAUGGAGAUGGUCAUUACAAUACCUUUGAUGACAAAAGGUUCAGCUUCAAUGGAAACUGUGAAUACACACUAGUCCAGGACCACUGUGGGAGAAGUGGCACAGUCAAUGGGACCUUCAGGGUUGUCACUGAAAAUAUUCCCUGUGGCAACACUGGGACAACUUGCUCAAAAUCUAUCAAAGUUUUCUUAGAGAGCUAUGAACUGAUCCUUGGUGAAGAGCGUGUCAGUGUUGUGAAGAGAGGACAGAAUGAUGAGGUGCCAUACACAGUCCGCUAUAUGGGAAUGUACUUGGUAAUUGAGACCAAAAGUGGGCUGAUCCUCAUGUGGGACAAGAAAACCAGCAUCUUCAUCAAGCUCAGCCCUGGUUUCAAGGGCCAGGUCUGUGGUCUCUGUGGAAAUUAUGAUGGCAACAGCGUUAAUGACUUUACUACAAGGAGUCAAUCUGUAGUAGAGAAUGUCCUAGAGUUUGGAAACAGCUGGAAAGUAUCCUCUACAUGCCCUGAUGCUUUCAGUGUCAAGGACCCAUGUUCUACCAACCCUUAUCGGAAGUCCUGGUCAGAGAAGCAGUGUAGCAUCAUCAACAGCAAUGUAUUUGCUGCCUGUCACUCUCAGGUUGAACCAGCAAAAUAUUACCAAGCAUGCGUGACAGAUGCUUGUGCCUGUGACACUGGAGGAGACUGUGAUUGCUUUUGUACAGCAGUAGCUGCCUAUGCUCAAGCAUGUAGUGAAGUUGGUGUAUGUGUAGCCUGGAGAAGCCCAACAAUUUGUCCACUGUUCUGUGAUUACUACAAUCAGCAAGGAGAGUGUGAAUGGCACUAUAAGCCUUGUGGUGCUUCCUGUAUGAAGACCUGUAAGAACCCAAGUGGAAAAUGCCUCAAUGACCUGCCAGGUUUAGAAGGCUGCUACCCUAACUGCCCACCAGAUAAGCCAUAUUUUCAUGAGGAUCAGAUGAAGUGUGUUAGUCUCUGUGACUGUUAUGAUGAUGAAGAUGGAAAGAUAUAUAAACGGGAUGAAUGUAAUAUAUGUGAGUGCACAUCAGAAGGUUUACAGUGCAAGUUUGAUGAUAAAGCCUGCAACUGCAUUUAUGAAGGGAAUAUCUAUAAAUAUGGUGAACUCAUCUACAACACCACAGAUGGAACUGGAUGGUGCAUCAGUGCAACAUGCGAUGUCAAUGGAACAAUAAGCAGAGACAUCUUUAAAUGUGGCAUUUUUACAACAACCCCAUUUACAUUUUCCACAAGUCAGCCCACAACUACUGCUUCAGAAUGGUUUGAUUCCACUCAGCCUGAAAACAAAGAGGACAGUGGAGAUUACGAAACAUUUCAAAAUCUCAAGGAUAAAGGAUUCAGUGUGUGUACAAACCCAAGUGAAGUUCAAUGCAGAGCCAAAGAAUAUCCAGAUACUGAAAUUACCAACCUUAACCAAACAAUUGAGUGUAGUCAAAGCAGAGGAUUAAUAUGCAAUAACCAGGACCAAGAAUCUAAGCAGUGCUAUAAUUAUGAAAUCAGAGUAUCAUGCUGCAGAUACAUACCAUGCUCAGAAGUACAAUCUACAACACCAACAACCACAAAAGAAUUCACAACUACUGCUGUAGAAUCAACACCAUUUACAGUACAGACAACGAUAAUACCAACAACACAAAAACAAGAGAGUGAAGUAACUACAACAUCGAGAGAAAGAGAAAGAAAUACUCCUCUGGCGGAAACCUCAGUAGCAGAAACGACAUCACAAGUCUCAACAACAGGUUACCAAAUCACAACUACUACAGCAGAGGUCUCCACUAUGGUAACCCAACAUCCAUCAUCACCCAGUACCAUCACCACUCUCUCACAAUCAACACUAGAAACCACACCUGGCACCAUGAUAAUCACUAGUACUACUGCCCUGCCAACACAAGGCACAAUGGUCACUACACCCAGACCAAGAGUGCCUACCCAAGCUACCACCAUUGCCAACAUCUCCACAACCACCAUGGAAAGAACAUCUACAUCUAGAGAAGAACCUCUUCCAACUGUAUUAUCUACUGCUGCUAUUCAAACAACAUCAGCAACUACUGCCACCACACCUGAAAUAAAAAUAGGAACCACAAUUGGCACGAAAACUGUCCCCACCACCACAGUACAACCCAAAGAGGGCACAACCAUCAUCGCUACCACCACCAGCACCUCUCCUCCUCAGACUGAAGGCACAACCACCAUCAUCCCAACAACAACAACUGUGCCCACCCAAGCCACCAGCACUGCCCGCACCUCUACGACCACUGCAGGAAGCACCAGAGCAACAUCUGCCACCUCAGCUCCAGGAAAAACAUCCACUGUGCCAACACAGGCUCCAACAUCUACAACUACAAUCUCAGAAAUUAAAAUUGGAACCACUGCAGGCACCACGGCUGUCCCCAGCACCACAGCCCGAGCCAGAGAGGGCACAACAACCAUCAUCACUACCACCACCAGCACCUCUCCUCCUCAGACUAAAGGCACAACCACCAUCACCCAACCCAAAACAACUGUAACCCCCCCUUCCACCAGCACUGCCACCACCUCUAGGACUACCAAGUCAAGUACCACAAAAGCCUCUGCCACCUCAGCUCCAGGAAAAACAUCCACUGUGCCAACACAGGCUCCAACAUCUCCAACGACAAUCUCUGAAAUUAAAAUUGGAACUACUGCAGGCACCACGGCUGUCCCCAGCACCACAGCACGAGCCAGAGAAGGCACAACCAUCAUCGCUACCACCAUCAGCACCUCUCCUCCUCAGACUGAAGGCACAACCACCAUCAUCCCAACAACAACAACAACUGUGCCUACAACAGCCAGCAGCACUGCCCGCACCUCUACGACCACUGCAGGAAGCACCAGAGCAACCUCUGCCACCUCAGCUCCAGGAAAAAUAUCCACUGUGCCAACACAGGCUCCAACAUCUACAACGACAACCUCUGAAAUUAAAAUUGGAACCACGGUAGGCACCACGCCUGUCCCCAGCACCACAGCCCGAGCCAGAGAAGGCACAACCAUCAUCGCUACCACCACCAGCACCUCUCCUCCUCAGACUAAAGGAACAACCACCAUCACCCAACCCACAACAACUGUAACCCCCCCUUCCACCAGCACUGCCAGCACCACUAGGACUACCCAGUCAAGUACCACAAAAGCCUCUGCCACCUCAGCUCCAGGAAAAACAUCCACUGUGCCAACACAGGCUCCAACAUCUACAACGACAAUCUCUGAAAUUAAAAUUGGAACUACUGCAGGCACCACGGCUGUCCCCAGCACCACAGCCCGAGUCAGAGAAGGCACAACAAUCAUUGCUACCACCACCAGCACCUCUCCUCCUCAGACUGAAGGCACAACCACCAUCAUCCCAACAACAACAACAACUGUGCUUACAACAGCCAGCGGCACUGCCCGCACCUCUACGACCACUGCAGGAAGCACCAGAGCAACAUCUGCCACCUCAGCUCCAGGAAAAACAUCCACUGUGCCAACACAGGCUCCAACAUCUACAACGACAAUCUCUGAAAUUAAAAUUGGAACCACUGUAGGCACUAUGCUUGUCCCCAGCACUACAGCCCGAGCCAGAGAAGGCACAACCAUCAUCGCUACCACCACCAGCACCUCUCCUCCUCAGACUGAAGGCACAACCACCAUCAUCCCAACAACAACAACAACUGUGCCUACAACAGCCACCAUCACUACGCGCACCUCUACGACCACUGCAAGAAGCACCAGAGCAACCUCUGCCACCUCAGCUCCAGGAAAAACAUCCACUGUGCCAACACAGGCUCCAACAUCUCCAACGACAAUCUCUGAAAUUAAAAUUGGAACCACUGCAGGCACCACGGCUGUCCCCAGCACCACAGCACGAGCCAGAGAAGGCACAACCAUCAUCGCUACCACCAUCAGCACCUCUCCUCCUCAGACUGAAGGCACAACCACCAUCAUCCCAACAACAACAACAACUGUGCCUACAACAGCCACCAGCACUGCCCGCACCUCUACGACCACUGCAAGAAGCACCAGAGCAACCUCUGCCACCUCAGCUCCAGAAAAAAUAUCCACUGUGCCAACACAGGCUCCAACAUCUCCAACGACAAUCUCUGAAAUUAAAAUUGGAACCACUGCAGGCACCACGGCUGUCCCCAGCACCACAGCCCGAGUCAGAGAAGGCACAACCAUCAUUGCUACCACCACCAGCACCUCUCCUCCUCAGACUGAAGGCACAACCACCAUCAUCCCAACAACAACAACAUCUGUGCCUACAACAGCCAGCAGCACUGCCCGCACCUCUACGACCACUGCAGGAAGCACCAGAGCAACAUCUGCCACCUCGGCUCCAGGAAAAACAUCCACUGUGCCAACACAGGCUCCAACAUCUACAACGACAAUCUCUGAAAUUAAAAUUGGAACCACGGUAGGCACCACGCCUGUCCCCAGCACCACAGCCCGAGCCAGAGAAGGCACAACCAUCAUCGCUACCACCACCAGCACCUCUCCUCCUCAGACUAAAGGAACAACCACCAUCACCCAACCCAAAACAACUGUAACCCCCCGAUCCACCAGCACUGCCCGCACCUCUAGGACUACCAAGUCAAGUACCACAACAGCCUCCACCACCUCAGCUCCAGGAAAAACAACCACCAUCAUCCCAACAACAACAACAACUGUGCCUACAACAGCCAGCAGCACUGCCCGCACCUCUACGACCACUGCAGGAAGCACCAGAGCAACAUCUGCCACCUCAGCUCCAGGAAAAACAUCCACUGUGCCAACACAGGCUCCAACAUCUCCAACGACAAUCUCUGAAAUUAAAAUUGGAACCACUGCAGGCACCACGGCUGUCCCCAGCACCACAGCACGAGCCAGAGAAGGCACAACCAUCAUCGCUACCACCAUCAGCACCUCUCCUCCUCAGACUGAAGGCACAACCACCAUCAUCCCAACAACAACAACAACUGUAACCCCCCCAUCCACCAGCACUGCCAGCACGUCUAGGACUACCAAGUCAAGUACCACAAAAGCCUCUGCCACCUCAGCUCCAGGAAAAACAUCCACUGUGCCAACACAGGCUCCAACAUCUACAACUACAAUCUCAGAAAUUAAAAUUGGAACCACUGCAGGCACCACGGCUGUCCCCAGCACCACAGCCCGAGCCAGAGAAGGCACAACCAUCAUCGCUACCACCACCAGCACCUCUCCUCCUCAGACUAAAGGCACAACCACCAUCACCCAACCCACAACAACUGUAACCCGCCUUUCCACCAGCACUGCCCGCACCUCUAGGACUACCAAGUCAAGUACCACAAAAGCCUCUGCCACCUCAGCUCCAGGAAAAACAUCCACUGUGCCAACACAGGCUCCAACAUCUACAACUACAAUCUCAGAAAUUAAAAUUGGAACCACUGCAGGCACCACGGCUGUCCCCAGCACCACAGCCCGAGCCAGAGAAGGCACAACCAUCAUCGCUACCACCACCAGCACCUCUCCUCCUCAGACUAAAGGAACAACCACCAUCACCCAACCCACAACAACUGUAACCCGCCUUUCCACCAGCACUGCCCGCACCCCUAGGACUACCAAGUCAAGUACCACAAAAGCCUCUGCCACCUCAGCUCCAGGAAAAACAUCCACUGUGCCAACACAGGCUCCAACAUCUACAACUACAAUCUCUGAAAUUAAAAUUGGAACCACUGCAGGCACCACGGCUGUCCCCAGCACCACAGCCCGAGCCAGAGAAGGCACAACCAUCAUCGCUACCACCACCAGCACCUCUCCUCCUCAGACUGAAGGCACAACCACCAUCAUCCCAACAACAACAACAACUGUGCCUACAACAGCCACCAUCACUACGCGCACCUCUACGACCACUGCAGGAAGCACCAGAGCAACAUCUGCCACCUCAGCUCCAGGAAAAACAUCCACUGUGCCAACACAGGCUCCAACAUCUACAACGACAAUCUCUGAAAUUAAAAUUGGAACCACUGCAGGCACCACGGCUGUCCCCAGCACCACAGCACGAGCCAGAGAAGGCACAACCAUCAUCGCUACCACCAUCAGCACCUCUCCUCCUCAGACUGAAGGCACAACCACCAUCAUCCCAACAACAACAACAACUGUGCCUACAACAGCCACCAGCACUGCCCGCACCUCUACGACCACUGCAAGAAGCACCAGAGCAACCUCUGCCACCUCAGCUCCAGAAAAAAUAUCCACUGUGCCAACACAGGCUCCAACAUCUCCAACGACAAUCUCUGAAAUUAAAAUUGGAACCACGGUAGGCACCACGCCUGUCCCCAGCACCACAGCCCGAGCCAGAGAAGGCACAACCAUCAUCGCUACCACCACCAGCACCUCUCCUCCUCAGACUAAAGGCACAACCACCAUCACCCAACCCAAAACAACUGUAACCCCCCCUUCCACCAGCACUGCCAGCACACCAGUUACUACCAAGUCAAGUACCACAACAGCCUCCGCCACCUCAGCUCCAGGAAAAACAUCCACUGUGCCAACACAGGCUCCAACAUCUCCAACGACAAUCUCUGAAAUUAAAAUUGGAACCACUGCAGGCACCACGGCUGUCCCCAGCACCACAGCCCGAGUCAGAGAAGGCACAACCAUCAUUGCUACCACCACCAGCACCUCUCCUCCUCAGACUGAAGGCACAACCACCAUCAUCCCAACAACAACAACAUCUGUGCCUACAACAGCCAGCAGCACUGCCCGCACCUCUACGACCACUGCAGGAAGCACCAGAGCAACAUCUGCCACCUCAGCUCCAGGAAAAACAUCCACUGUGCCAACACAGGCUCCAACAUCUACAACGACAAUCUCUGAAAUUAAAAUUGGAACCACUGCAGGCACUACGCUUGUCCCCAGCACUACAGCCCGAGCCAGAGAAGGCACAACCAUCAUCGCUACCACCACCAGCACCUCUCCUCCUCAGACUAAAGGAACAACCACCAUCACCCAACCCAAAACAACUGUAACCCCCCCAUCCACCAGCACUGCCCGCACCUCUAGGACUACCAAGUCAAGUACCACAACAGCCUCCACCACCUCAGCUCCAGGAAAAACAUCCACUGUGCCAACACAGGCUCCAAGAUCUCCAACGACAAUCUCUGAAAUUAAAAUUGGAACCACUGCAGGCACCACGGCUGUGCCCAGCACCACAGCCCGAGCCAGAGAAGGCACAACCAUCAUCGCUACCACCAUCAGCACCUCUCCUCCUCAGACUGAAGGCACAACCACCAUCAUCCCAACAACAACAACAACUGUGCCUACAACAGCCACCAGCACUGCCCGCACCUCUACGACCACUGCAGGAAGCACCAGAGCAACAUCUGCCACCUCAGCUCCAGGAAAAACAUCCACUGUGCCAACACAGGCUCCAACAUCUACAACUACAAUCUCUGAAAUUAAAAUUGUAACCACUGUAGGCACCACGGCUGUCCCCAGCACCACAGCCCGAGCCAGAGAAGGCACAACAAUCAUCGCUACCACCACCAGCACCUCUCCUCCUCAGACUAAAGGCACAACCACCAUCACCCAACCCAAAACAACUGUAACCCCCCCUUCCACCAGCACUGCCACCACCUCUAGGACUACCAAGUCAAGUACCACAAAAGCCUCUGCCACCUCAGCUCCAGGAAAAACAUCCACUGUGCCAACACAGGCUCCAACAUCUACAACUACAAUCUCAGAAAUUAAAAUUGGAACCACUGCAGGCACCACGGCUGUCCCCAGCACCACAGCCCGAGCCAGAGAAGGCACAACCAUCAUCGCUACCACCACCAGCACCUCUCCUCCUCAGACUAAAGGCACAACCACCAUCACCCAACCCACAACAACUGUAACCCGCCUUUCCACCAGCACUGCCCGCACCUCUAGGACUACCAAGUCAAGUACCACAAAAGCCUCUGCCACCUCAGCUCCAGGAAAAACAUCCACUGUGCCAACACAGGCUCCAACAUCUCCAACGACAAUCUCUGAAAUUAAAAUUGGAACCACUGCAGGCACCACGGCUGUCCCCAGCACCACAGCCCGAGCCAGAGAAGGCACAACCAUCAUCGCUACCACCACCAGCACCUCUCCUCCUCAGACUGAAGGCACAACCACCAUCACCCAACCCACAACAACAACUGUGCCUACAACAGCCACCAGCACUGCCCGCACCUCUACGACCACUGCAGGAAGCACCAGAGCAACCUCUGCCACCUCAGCUCCAGGAAAAACAUCCACUGUGCCAACACAGGCUCCAACAUCUACAACUACAAUCUCUGAAAUUAAAAUUGUAACCACUGUAGGCACCACGGCUGUUCCCAGCACCACAGCUCGAGCCAGAGAAGGCACAACAAUCAUCGCUACCACAACCAGCACCUCUCCUCCUCAGACUGAAGGCACAACCACCAUCACCCAACCCAAAACAACUGUAACCCCCCCUUCCACCAGCACUGCCACCACCUCUAGGACUACCAAGUCAAGUACCACAAAAGCCUCUGCCACCUCAGCUCCAGGGAAAACAUCCACUGUGCCAACACAGGCUCCAACAUCUACAACUACAAUCUCUGAAAUUAAAAUUGGAACCACUGCAGGCACCACAGCUGUCCCCAGCACCACAGCCCGUGUCAGAGAAGGCACAACCAUCAUCGCUACCACCACCAGCACCUCUCCUCCUCAGACUGAAGGCACAACCACCAUCAUCCCAACAACAACAACAACUGUGCCUACAACAGCCAGCAGCACUGCCCGCACCUCUACGACCACUGCAGGAAGCACCAGAGCAACAUCUGCCACCUCAGCUCCAGGAAAAACAUCCACUGUGCCAACACAGGCUCCAACAUCUACAACGACAAUCUCUGGAAUUAAAAUUGGAACCACUGCAGGCACCACGGCUGUCCCCAGCACCACAGCCCGAGCCAGAGAAGGCACAACCAUCAUCGCUACCACCACCAGCACCUCUCCUCCUCAGACUAAAGGCACAACCACCAUCACCCAACCCAAAACAACUGUAACCCCCCCUUCCACCAGCACUGCCAGCACCUCUAGGAUUAUCAAGUCAAGUACCACAAAAGCCUCUGCCACCUCAGUUCCAGGAAAAACAUCCACUGUGCCAACACAGGCUCCAACAUCUACAACUACAAUCUCAGAAAUUAAAAUUGGAACCACUGCAGGCACCACGGCUGUCCCCAGCACCACAGCCCGAGCCAGAGAAGGCACAACCAUCAUCGCUACCACCACCAGCACCUCUCCUCCUCAGACUAAAGGCACAACCACCAUCACCCAACCCAAAACAACUGUAACCCCCCCUUCCACCAGCCCUGCCAGCACCUCUAGGACUACCAAGUCAAGUACCACAAAAGCCUCUGCCACCUCAGCUCCAGGAAAAACAUCCACUGUGCCAACACAGGCUCCAACAUCUACAACGACAAUCUCUGAAAUUAAAAUUGGAACCACUGUAGGCACCACGGCUGUCCCCAGCACCACAGCCCGAGCCAGAGAAGGCACAACAAUCAUCGCUACCACCACCAGCACCUCUCCUCCUCAGACUGAAGGCACAACCACCAUCACCCAACCCAAAACAACUGUAACCCCCCCUUCCACCAGCACUGCCAGCACCUCUAGGACUACCAAGUCAAGUACCACAAAAGCCUCUGCCACCUCAGCUCCAGGAAAAACAUCCACUGUGCCAACACAGGCUCCAACAUCUCCAACGACAAUCUCUGAAAUUAAAAUUGGAACCACUGCAGGCACCACGGCUGUCCCCAGCACCACAGCCCGAGCCAGAGAAGGCACAACCAUCAUUGCUACCACCACCAGCACCUCUCCUCCUCAGACUGAAGGCACAACCACCAUCAUCCCAACAACAACAACAACUGUGCCUACAACAGCCACCAGCACUGCCCGCACCUCUAUGACCACUGCAGGAAGCACCAGAGCAACAUCUGCCACCUCAGCUCCAGGAAAAACAUCCACUGUGCCAACACAGGCUCCAACAUCUACAACGACAACCUCUGAAAUUAAAAUUGGAACCACUGCAGGCACCACGGCUGUCCCCAGCACCACAGCCCGAGCCAGAGAAGGCACAACCAUCAUCGCUACCACCACCAACACCCCUCCUCCUCAGACUGAAGGCACAACCACCAUCACCCAACCCACAACAACUGUAACUCCCCCUUCCACCAGCACUGCCACCACCUCUAGGACUACCAAGUCAAGUACCACAACAGCCUCCACCACCUCAGCUCCAGGAAAAACAUCCACUGUGCCAACACAGGCUCCAACAUCUCCAACGACAAUCUCUGAAAUUAAAAUUGGAACUACUGCAGGCACCACGGCUGUCCCCAGCACCACAGCCCGAGCCAGAGAAGGCACAACCAUCAUUGAUACCACCAUCAGCACCUCUCCUCCUCAGACUGAAGGCACAACCACCAUCAUCCCAACAACAACAACAACUGUGCCUACAACAGCCACCAGCACUGCCCGCACCUCUAUGACCACUGCAGGAAGCACCAGAGCAACAUCUGCCACUUCAGCUCCAGGAAAAACAUCCACUGUGCCAACCCAGGCUCCAACAUCUCCAACUACAAUCUCUGAAAUUAAAAUUGGAAGCACUGCAGGCACUACAGCUGUCCCCAGUAGUACAGCCCCAGCCAUAGAAGGCACAACCAUCAUCACUACAAGUGCCAGCAGUGCCUCCACCUCUCCUGAAAUAAAAUUAACUACUACUACUGUCUCCUCAGGUGUGCUCACUACCACUCUUCCUCAGUCUGGAAGUACCACAGGUGUUACAGAAACUCUUACAACAUUCUUUUCUCCUACUGUAGAAAAUAUUGCUACAACAGUUUUCUCUGGCACCACUCUCAGCCCAGGACCUAUACCUGAGGUCUGUGUGAUUAAUGGAACAUUGUACACGGUUGGAAAAUCAGUAGUAAUUGAUUCAUGUAAGAAGUGUACCUGCAGUUCUGAGAAAGAUCCAGAGACUAAUGCAAACCUUAUGCAUUGUGAAACAAUCCAGUGUGAGACAUCUUGCCCGCUGGGCUACCAAUACAUGACUGAAGAAGGAGAGUGCUGCGGGAAGUGUAUUGAAGUAGCUUGCAAAGUCAGACUCAGUAACAACACUGUUCAUGUGCUCAAUGUUAAUGAGAUCCUGCCAUUCGAUCAAUGCAGCCAUUACAAAUGUGAAAAAAUUGAAGAUCAGUUUGUUGCAGCCCAAACUAAAAAAGUGUGCCCUGAGUACGACCCCAGAGAGUGCAAUCCUGUGAGCCACUUAGGGGACGAGGAAAAUGCUGUGGGUAUUGUCUACCCAAACUUUUGUAAAGCUUUUGACAGCAUUUCCCACAGCAUUCUCCUGGAGAAGCAGGGAGCUCAUAGCUUGGACAGGUGA